AUGUGCGCAGUCCAGGAGCGCAAGUCAAAACGCAACCGAAGCUCAUUGUCGGACUCCAAACUCUCUGGUCGCCAGGAGGCAGGGUCGGUGUCUGACGGUGUAUCAGCGAGACUGAUAGAUGAUAACCCAUCUGGCAUAGACAGUAUAGAUCAAUGGGCCCGGCGAUUGAGUGGGAUUGUGCCACCUAGCCUGAGGGGCUUAACACUCAACGGCUUCGACAGCCCUCAGGAUGACAUUAGGACAAAUGAAAGCACAUGCAUCAAUCUCGAAGGAUUUUCUCCCAAAACAGCAAACACAAUCUCAAAUCUACACAAGAACAGCCAGGCGAGGGAUAGAGCCAACACUUAUAAUGCCUUCGCACAGCAAACUCCACCGUCCAUCAACAAAAUAGGAUCCAGCAGCCACGAUACUUUGCCAUUCAUCAGAAGACCCGAGUUAGGUCACUUAUCCGACCUGGAUAUCAAGUACAUGCAGCUUAACGGAUGCUUUGAUCUUCCACCUAUGCCGAUUCUCAACGAGUUUGUCCGAAUGUACUUUCUCCAUGUUCACCCCAUCGUGCCACUCAUCGAGGAGGGAGACUUUUGGGACUCAUUCUCGUGUGCCAACGGAGAGAAGAUUUCGCUUCUUGUGUUCCAAGCAAUGAUUUUUGCCGCCUGUGCUUUCAUUCCUGGAGCGAUUGCGGAAGCAACAGGCUAUGACUGCCCCCGAUCAGCCACGGCAGCAUUCUACAAAAAAGCAAAGAUUUUAUACGAUUUCGAAAUCGAAUCAGACCCCAUCUCUCUCGGCCAGGCUGCGUUACUAUUCACGUUUUGGCCAGCAGGACUGAGGCCGGGGCCUACAAAGUCGAAUAGCACAUGGCUCAGCAUCGCCAUCCGGCACGCAAAAUCACUUCGAGCGCAUCAUCUGACGUCGAAUGCCGGCCGAAUCAAGCACACCGUGAUCCCAGCGCAGACGAGAAUAUCUCUCCGGCGGCUCUGGUGGUGCUGCUGCAUUCGCGAUCGCGUCCUUGCUCUGGCUCUCCGCAGAACGCUGCGCAUCCAAGAGAAAUAUCCACCACUGGUCCUCGAAGACUUCGAAAACGAGAUUCACCGCUCCCGCGUCUACAAGGUCGAGUCGAAGAGGCGCUUCUUCGACGUCUUUUUACAGAUAUCGAAGCUAUGCGUGGUUGUCACGGACCUGCUGCGAAUAUGCUCUACCUCGGAGGAUGGGCUCGAGAGCGAGACGAGCAUAGCCGAUCAUCACAAGGCCAUGGCAGACUGCACGGCUCAGCUGCAAGGGUGGUAUGACGAGGCCAUACGGCAGUUCCCCGACGAUGCAGACGAGCCAGGGAUCCGGCCGCAUUUCCUCAUCAUCCAGACCAACCUAAUGUUUACGUAUUACUUCGCCGCAAAACUGGCACUUGUCAAUCAAGAGAUAUUUUAUGCGGCUCGUGACGCAGAGAACGAAAACGCAAACGCAAACGCAAACGCAAACGCAAACGGAGAUGUGUCGUGCCUCAAGUUGGUGGGCAAAAGCGACGAGGUUCGAGAUGUCGUCAAUAACAUUGUCAAAUACCUCACGAAUCCGGUACGGCUGGGGUUGGCACAAUAUCUGCCCGUCAGCGUGGUUGCAUUCGUGGCCAUGCCCUUGAUGGUGCAAAUCGUCAAUGCCAAGAUCAUGUCUCGCGGCGUUGCAAAUCCGCGAGCUGCCAUUCAUCGCCAACAGCUUCAUUCCCUCAUCAGCCUCAUCAAGCAAUGUCACCAGCGGCUUGACGGAAUCGACGCGGUGUGCAUGACCGUUCGUCGGCUGACUGAUCAAGCCCAAGCUCGUAUCAUGUCCGGAAAUGCAUCUCAGAUAACAGAGUGCAUCGAUCUCAUUGACCACAACCCGAUCGAGUACCUGCGGCUCUUCCUGAACCUGGACCUGAACCUAAGCAACGCCACAAUGGUAGACAAAAUGCAGUUCGUAGAACUGAAAGAAGACUUGCUCCGGACCAAGACGGCCCCCUCAGCAUCCGAUGCUCCCGCUCCAACUGGAAACGCAGAGGCAUCCAAGCCAGCUUUCACACAGCCAGCAGAGCCUUUCCUAGCAUCUCCGCCACAGGAUACGUGGGAUAUGAACUUCCCGGAGCCCAAGGCUGAGGCUAUAGUCGAUAUGGAUGACUCGGUUCUGGACAUUGACGAACUGUUAGGCGGAGAUGGUGCAUUAGCCACUGACCCAUCUUUCGCUCUAGAACCUUUGACUUUUAUGAACCAACAGAUGGAGUGGGAGAUGGAUGCAUGGCUGUUGGGGGAGACGGCCUAA